CGUAACCAAAGCCUCCCAGUGCGCGCGCACUGUAGGAACCCGACACUCCGAAUCGGAUUUAUAUUCCUCGUGUCCACUCUUGUCACGUCUCCAGAACCCAUUGGAUGAGAAGGUCGGUGAACAGGGACCACUACCGGCGAUGUGCGUGGGAAUGUUGCAUGCGCCUUAUGCUCUAGUUUCUGUUAUUCUAUCUCUAAGGAGACCGGGCAAGGAGAGGGAGGAAUUGUGGGGAAGGAGAGUAGGUUUUUUAAUAAAUUGCACUUUAUAGUCACACUUGUGCAGGUCUAUGGAAUAAUUACAUUGCAUAGGACCUUGACCGGCCAGUUUUUGAAACGCGGGUAAAUGUAUCACCGCUGUAUCAUUCAUUGUAUUAUCCGAUUUUUAACUGGACUGUUGACUGAAGAAGAUUUUACCCGCACUAUGUUUAAAAUACUGAAUUUGAACCACGCAAACAAUCGCUUAUAAAAGGCUACCCAAAAGAAGGCUAUCGAUUUAAAUUAAACAGCAUAAUCGGGUGGUAUGGCCCAAACCACCCAUAAAAUGACAUCCGUGGAUCUGACCGUUCGGUCCAGUCCUGGUGCUAACCCCGGUCCUCACAGCGUGACACAGUGGCAACUGAGCGGGACAGACGACCAACCCCAGUCGGCCCUGAUGCAUCGCAGCUCGUUCACAGGGACAGCCGACACCCGCUUCAGUGCCUGGACCCCCAUCACAAACAAGACCUCCAACCACCAGUUGUUUGAGGAGCGGACGACCCUGGUGCUUCACUGGUUUGACCUUUGGACUGACCGCCAGAGAAAACUCUUCCUGCAGGCGCUGCUGUCACAAUGCACCAAGUCCCAGCUCAAGUCCUGCAGGGAUUGGCUGAUGCAGAUCGUGCCGGUGACGCGCGUGGACUUCACCUCCGUGUUGCCACGGUUCCUGUCUCUCUAUGUGAUGUCAUUCCUGACCCCUCGUGACCUCUGCUCUGCCGCACAGGUCAGCUGGCAUUGGAGGGUCCUGGCUGAACAGGACUGUCUGUGGUCGGUGAGGUGUGUGCGCCGAGGCUGGUUCCUGCCCUAUAAUCCAGGGGACAGAGAGUAUGGUGGGUGGAAGAGCCACUAUGUGUCCUGUGUGUCCACUCUGGACUGGCUGACACCCAGAGAGGCAGCACAAAUGUACGGCACACUCAACAUGCCCUGCUCCGGAGAGAGGGAGGAGGAGGAGGAGAGACGCAGGGAGAGGAGGAUCAGACAAACCAUCCGGGAGAGAGAGGACCAGGAGGAGGAGGAGGAGAGACGCAGGGAGAGGAGGAUCAGACAAACCAUCCGGGAGAGAGUGGAGGAGCAGAAAAGAGCUUCGCUGACGUCCAGACCAGCUUGGAGGAGCAACAGCAACAGACCAGGGGGAAUAGUGGUCAGCCGUCCCCAGGGAGAGAGGCUGGUGCCUGGGAGAACGAGGAGUGUUCAACCCUCUCCCUCCUGGUUGUCAGACAGGACGGGACGUGUCUGUUUAACCCCUGACGUCAGCCUUAACUUGACCCCCACUCUGACCCUGGAGAAGAGCCAGCUCUCCAGCCAUGUGAGGUCCCAGGCCAUGGGGGACAGUGUGAACAGAGGAGGUUGGCCCACUUCCACCAGUAGCAGACCCAGAGCCUCUUCCUCUCUCUCUCCAUCACCACCUCUCCUGCUGCUGCUGUCCAACAGGAUACCUGCCUACGAGUUGGUCCUGUGUGGUGUGAGAGUAGGAGUGGUGGUGGUUCUAUACGACCACAGAGGGACCCUCCGGGCUCUGUUAUCCCAGGCAGAGAGGGCUCUGGGUGGGCAGCGAGCUCAGAGACUUGGGGUGCUGGCUCCUGGAGGUACGGAGGAGAUCACUCUGCUGCAAGGCUACAAGGUGACAGAGAGGAGUGUGCUGACCCCGGACUACAGGGAAUUCUGGGAGAAGCUGUGUGGCUGGGUCGUUCUACCUGAGGAGGGAGGAGGGGUGGACAUCUUCUGUCCCCUCGCAGCAUCUGCCAGAGGAGUGCUGCUGGUCCAGUCUCUGUCUACUCUGACAGGGCUAGAGGUCUCAGCUCCUACUGGGAUGGCCACCGGAUGCUUCCAGAACAUCCUGAGUGAGUGGUCAUGUAGCAGUGGUGACUGGACCGGGGUUAGCGGUGUGUGUGCGUCCCCCCCCGCCCAGCGCUACGUGUGUGAGGGUGUGUUACAGGGAUGGAGCUGGCAGACCCAGUGGCUGGAGGAGGCUCUAGGAGCCCUGAGGGACCAUCUGGGGCCACAACUACCACGACUGAGUCUGGACACCAGGGGACGAGUACUGGGUCAGUUUCUAUGGGAGGCGGUAGCUCUAGAUCAUCUGAGUGUCUCUAAGGAGGUGACUGUAGCUCUGACUGAGGGUCUCACAGCACUGGCAGCAGAGGAGACCAGACCUCUGGAGUUCCUCUCUCUCUUCCUGAGACGAUGGGGGGAGAAAAGGAAAGAUAUAAACGGAGGAGAGAAGAGAGGAGUGGAGGAAGGAGAGGAGAGAAGAGGAGAGGAGACAGAAGGAGGAGAGAGGAGCUCUGUGUUUCUGACAGAGAGGGGUCCACACAGACUCCUCAGUCCUAUCCCAGAGAUACAACAGGAGUGGCGUGGUGUAGUGGUGAGGGAGCUGUAUAUCAGUGAGUGUGUUUAUGUGAGGAGGCUGGAGUCAGUGAUGAGGGUCUACCACGAUCCCCUGCUGUCAGCUCUUCAGUCUAACAGAGCCAUCCUCAGCUCCGCCCACAUCAACAUGGUCCUCACACCUGUAGCACACAUACUGGACAUCAACAGGUUGUUUCUAUCAGAACUGGGGUCUAGAUUGCAGCAGUGGGAGGCUGAUCAGUGUGUAGCUGAUGUGUGUGUGAAAUUCUGCUCCAAACUCAGAGCGUACACCAACUACCUCAACAACUACCCUACUGCCCUACUCACCAUAGACAAGUGCAGAGAGAUGAACCCUGCUUUCCGAGCUUUCCUAAAGAGACAAGACAGAACCCUGGAGACACACAUGCUGAGUCUGCAGGAGCUGUUGCUGUGUCCAGUGUGGCGUAUAGAGGAGUAUGUAACUCUGCUGCAGGCGCUAUCUCUACACACAGUCUCUCAACACUCCGAUCACACACAGCUGUCUGGCGUAUUGGACAAACUCACCCACUACAAGGACUUCAUACGCAAGCUGAAGAGGAACUCAGAGAAAGCCACAAGGAUGCAGGAGACCCAGCGACAGAUCCGGGGCUGUCCAAACUUGUGUGAGGGGGGCAGACAGCUAAUCACCACUCAGGACGCGGCUCUGCUUAGAUGCCCCAGUGAUGACAUCACAGCCUCACUCAGGAUGUAUGAACACGUUUCUGACGUAGGUCUCUUCUUGUUCAACGACGCAAUGGUUCUGACCGAGAGGAAUGUGUGUCACCGACCCUUCACACACACACACUGCGACACACACACCUUCCUGGCCUCUGUCGCCCUGCACAGCCUCACCCUCAGAGAGAUCACAGACACGCGCUAUGUGUGUCAUGGGUUUGUCCUGGAGGGUCCUAGUCGUGUGUGGGUUUGUGCUAUAGAGAGAGAAGAGGACAAGGAGAGGUUCCUUUGCACCCUGCGUUCAGCCAUACACACCGCCAUCACAGAAAGUUAGGGUAGACCCUCACCAUAGACACACACACACACACACACACACACACACACACACACACACACACACACACACACACACACACACACACACACACACACACACACACACACACACACACACACACACACACACACACACACACACCGGUUUGGGACUUCCUGGUUUGAUACAAUCCGUCAUUCUUCAAUCAACCACUAGGUGGCAGGAAAGAGGAUUUCUGCAACCAGAUAGUAUGAGUCCCAAUAAUGGCCAAGCUCCAAGGUUAAAUUUGACUGUAUCGUAAAAAUGUAUAAGACAUGUUCUUGAUUUAAGGUUAGGCAUAAGUUUAGCAGUGUGUUUAGAUUUAAGGUUCAAAUCACAUUUUAAGAACAUAUUGUAGAACUACACAGGGUUUCUGACAGAGUUCUAAAAUAUAGGGAUGACCUACCUGAGAGUAACUUGGCCAGAUAGUGACGACCUGAGAGUAACUAGGCCAGAUAGUGACGAUCUGAGAGUAACUUGGCCAGAUAGUGACGAUCUGAGAGUAACUAGGCCAGAUAGUGACGAUCUGAGAGUAACUUGGCCAGAUAGUGACGAUCUGAGAGUAACUUGGCCAGAUAGUGACGAUCUGAGAGUACUCCCUAACUGUCUCCCUGUAUUCUAUGUAUGCUUCAUGCUUCUUCUGUAUCACUAGUUAACAUUAAACUUGUCAUAACCUG